AUGACGCGGCUGACCAAUCUCCCAACGGAGAUUCUCCUCGAGAUAAUCGAAUACCUAGAGUUUCUGAGUGAUUUUAAUGCUGUCCCACGAGAUGGAAACAUCGGUAUCGACGCCUCCUCGGUUCUUCACUGGGCCGCAGAAAAUGGGAAGCAUGCCUGUCUACGAACGCUGCUGCAAGCCGGUAUCCCACCGAAUCCCCCCACGCGACAAGGGAGUCAGGAGCCGCAGUCCGCCUUUAUAACUGCUGCGGCGUUCGAUUUUGAGAUUUUCGAUUUGUUUGUAAAGGCUGGCCUAGAACCUGACUUCGCUAGUUCUGGAGGUCUAUAUGAGACAGCCCUCCGCAAGGCCUUCAUUUACGGCAAUUUGCGGGCAGUCAAGUCCUUGUUCGAACAGGGUGUUAAACUUAAAACACAAUUGGACAUUGACUGGCAAAAUCUCUCUAUAUGGGAGGAUCUUGACAUUUUCACGGAAAUUUACAAUUCAUCGGGCCAAUUCCCUGAAUUGGCUCGAUUCCUUCUACAGCAAUGUAAUGUUGAAGAUGUUAUUGAGAGUCAAUACUUACGCCCUUUUCUGUGCCUUCUCCGGGCCGCGGCAAAGGACGGGGAUCAAGACUUAAUGGAACGUUUGCUGAAGAUCGACUGGACAACCAAGCAACCUACCAUCACCAAGAAGCUUGGGACAAAUCAUUUUGACGGGUGCCCUUUUCUCGGCAGCCCUCAUAGGGCAUCUCGGGAAUUUGGGGACGAGCCAAGGGAAGAUGGGGACGAAGCCCCGAUCUUGGGUGCGGCUAGGAGUGGCCAUAUCGAAAUUGUCAGACGACUACUUGAUAUGGGGGCCAAAUUAUCCGCCGAGAACGUAAGGGGGCUUUUCUGUAAAGCAGUGCGACGUCCAAUCUAUUCAGAGGAGCCAGUCUUGGAAGGACACCUAGAGAUCGCUCAGUUGCUACUGGAUCGGGAGCUCAUUGGAAAACAAGACUGUCCACACUACGACGACUUUGUUAUGGAUGUUGUCGGGGCUGGAACGAAGGUGUUCAGUGUCAUCAACCAGUAUCAAAGUCUCAAACUUCACCCUGGCAACUUGAAUCAUCAAAAAGCCUUGUCCGACACAGUGUACUCGGAAAACCCAGCCAUUGCAAAGCACUUUUUGGCAGCAGGGUUUGAUCCUAAUUCCUGCCAAUCUUCUUAUUUCGAGACGCCCUUAUGUCUGUUGACGGUGGCAGGAACUAAGUCUACCAGAGAGUACGAACCGACACUUGAUGUCCUGCUGGAUUACGGUGCAGACCUUGAAUGGCGGGAUCCCAGCACAGGAAUGACGCCUUUGCUUGUUCUCAUAGAAAAAGGAGAAAAUCCCGGGAAACCAAGGUGGAGGUCUGUGAAGGUACUCUUGAAAAAGGGCGCCGAUCCUUUCUGUGUCUGCAGUCGCGGUAAUACUCCACUCCUCAUGGCGGCAUAUCAUGACAGUCUGGCGACUGUGAAAGUUCUUCUGGAAUUUUUUGACGAAAAAGAACGCCGUUUGAACAGAUAA